AUCCAGUUGGCUUUAGCGUGUCAUCCGGGAAGCAUCGCUGGGAUGCUGGUGAAAGUGAGAAGAAACGUGUGUGUAAAGUGUAUUUCAUUGUUUUGUGAGUAAAAACAAACUGAACUGGGAUACAAAUAACCCUAGUUAAUUUGUGCAUAACUGCUUACCAAGACCACAAGCGACACUUAAUUACUGGCAAAUGUGGUCAUUGAUUGUAUAAAAUAUGAUGGCCUUCAUGUUUUCCUGUUUCUAAAAGACACACCGAGAUUAGUCAUCGGCCAAAACGUCAAAACAAGACAUGGCGAGGAAAUGGCCUGAUCCAAUCUCAGAAUCUCACAAGAACAUUAUCCUGCAACGUGGCACAACAUGAGUAAAAGUAAAAAGUAAAGUGUUCCCAUUUAAGUUUUACUUUAAAGUGUUUUCCUCUUUUUCCCAUGAAGACCGAAAUGAAAAGUGAGUGAGAAUAUGAACUCUGAAAGUGUGCAAGUCGUUCUGUUAUUAGCGUGAGGUUAAAAUGGCCAUGUACUAUUAUGCCCGGAAGCUACAAAAAGGUUCUAAAGUUUCUCAACCUUGUUCCUACACGUCCUCAAGUUCGACAGGAAGAUCAGCCGCUGUCCAACAGCACCAGCAACAACAUGGAACCCUCACCAGGAUAAACCCAUGUUGUAAUCAGCAAAUUCUUCCUCCACCACCGCCGCCGUCGAGAUUGAUGUCAAGGCCAGUGCGAGUAGCUUGCAAUACUCAAGUUCAGUGUCACCCUCAUCCCCACCAUCACUGCCACCACCACUCACAUUCCUGCUGCCAAGUUCCCACCCACUCUUGCUGUGGGUGUAGUUUUCCUGUUCAGAAACAAUGUCCAUGUCAUGAAAACCGGGUUCAAAAACUGAACGCAAGUCUUUCGCAUAGUCGAUCUCUCCGAAGUUUAGAGCAUUUGGAAUUGAAUGGGAGUUCGAACGGGUCGCCCAGCCUCACGAAACGACCAAUCCCACUCCACCCCCCUUGUUGCUCCAUGCUGCACAGGAGCAGGAGUGAGUCGCAGUAUGACAACGUGGACGGAUCACCCUUGGAGGAACUGGAGGACCACUAUCACCAUAAUCAUCAUCAUCAAGAAAUGUACAAAUACGGAUUCGAGGAUGAUGUUGGCAAAGAUCAAGGCGAAAGCCACAGGGAGGAGGAGACGGGGGAGGAAGGCGGUGGUGGCUGUUUGCCACACCACCGAAAUGCAAAUUCUGAACAUCAGAAUCAUUUACAAAUCAGACUGCAAAACUCGACAUCUACUUCCACACUCACAGAGGACCAGUUUCAAUUCCAGGAGGGAAAUGAUGACGAUCUUGACCAGGAAAUUCAAGAAAUUUAUGCCGGGAAGCGGGAAGUAAAGAAAGGCCUCGUUGGUUUUCAGGAAAAUUAUCAUCAAAACAGCCCCACCACUUCACGUCAGAGGAAUCUCAUGCAGCAGGAAGCGGGGGCAACAGAGGAGGAGGACCACCACUCCCUCUGCUACAACCAGAAAGGGCAAUUAAUCUCUGCGAGUUGGGACGCUCUGUUGGAGAGAGUAGUGAUUCCCUGGGUGGAGGACGACGGCUCGUCCAACCUGGUGGACUCGGAUGAAGUCAUGGAGGCCUUUCUCCUCUGCUCCCGGCUCCACAAUCCGCCUCAUCUCACCAUCGCCUUCAUCUUCAAGCAUUUCUCCACGACCACCACCAAGGAUAAGCCAUCGCCUAAUGGAACUCAUCAAAUUGAACCCUGCUAUCAGGAGGAGGAGGAGGGCUCAGCUGGCGGCUUGGACGGUGACCUACAAGUGGACGAGUUGAAUUUACGGAAAGAUCGACUCCAUCAGCUCGCUCGCUUUGUCCGAUUCUGGACAGAAUUACUCCCCCAAGAUUUCUCAGAUGAUCGACUAAUGCAGUACGUCCGUACCCUAACUCGUGUUUGCAUGGAUGAAGAGUCGGAGGUGCGUGAGGAGGUUUCCACUCUUUGGACGAAUCUCGUCUCAAAACUAACCGCCUUGGAAGCCUUUGAAACAACGUUACGAAGAUACAAGACUGAAUCCUUAAUUGGAGAACCGAUUGCAGCGCCUUCUGUGAUUACUAUAUCCCCAAGUCCACUGGUUCUAGCUCAACAACUGACCCUCGUCGAAUUGGAGCACUUUUCUUUCCUUGGAGCACAAGAAUUGGUCGCUCAGUUACUCAGAAAGGAUCGAAGCCGAAACAAAGACUAUUCCAAAACGAAUGGGUCCGUGCCUUACUCCAGAACAUUAUCAGGACGAUGUUCUACAAUUGGGACGGCCUACCAGGAGAAGAACAUCCAAGAGAAAGUACAACUCCGGGACAAGUGUUGUGGGGAUGCAGUCGCCUCUUCGGGAAAUACUCAAAGGAUGGAGGCAGAGACAUUCACUCGAAAUUUGGAUAGUUUUAUCUCUUGGUUUCGACGCCUCGCAAUGUACGUCUGCACCGAAAUUUGUAAGAUGUCCAAGAAGAAAUCCAGAGUUCGCGUUAUCGAGUAUUGGAUCCAGGUUGGGAAAGAAUGCUUCAAAAUUAGGAAUUUCAAUUCCUUACUUGCCAUUCUUGGCGGAUUUAGCUGCGGACCAGUUUCGAGGUUAAAGAAGACGUGGAGCAAGGUAAAUUGUGCAGACCUUAUCGAACUUCAAACCGCUAUGGAUCCGAAAAAUAAUUUUUCUGCAUAUCGCACAAUGUACAAGACUGCAAUGUGGAACUCUCUCGCAAUUCCACAAGGAGAAAGUCACAACUACAAAAUACUGGUGCCAUAUUUUGCACUCUUGCUGCGUGAUGUCUAUAAUCUAAACUCUAUUUAUCCUUCAAAAAUCAAAUCCAAUAAUCACAUCAACUUUGAAAAAUAUACAAGUAUGACCAAACUCAUUAAGGAAAUAAUGUCGUGGCAAAAUGUCGAAUGUCCGUUUACAAAAAUUCCGUCAAUUUUCAAUUCCGUCCAAGCCUUGCCUGUCUACACAGAAGAAGAAGUUACAUGCGCCAGUUACGCAUGUGAAGCUCCCGAUAGUUCGGUCGAAAAGGAGCAUUUCAACCGCCUGAAGAGGGACCAGGGUCAACGAAUAGCUCCAUUUUUGUCAAAUAAAGGCAGUUCUCCAGCACAUUAUUUAAUUUGAUUUAUUACGUUACAUUAAAUGUGUAAUACAUGUGCUCGUAUAAACGUACACAUAUAUUUAUGUAUAAUAAGCCAAACAGGGUUUAGUUUUGUAUUUCGAAUAAAGUAACCAGAAACCGAA